AUGGCUGUGGCCAACCUCACAUACCAACCACAGUUCCAGCUCCUUGGCUUGAUGGAUGGCACAGAUGCCCACCCGCUGCUGUUUCUGCUUUUUCUUUGCAUCUACCUGCUCAACGCCCUGGGCAAUCUGAGCAUGGUGGUGCUGGUGAGGUCUGACGGGGCUCUGUGCUCCCCCAUGUAUUACUUCCUGGGUCACCUGAGCCUUGUGGAUGUCUGCUUUACCACAGUCACUGUCCCCAGACUGCUGGCCACUCUACUCCACCCUGUCCAGACCGUGUCCUUCGAGGCUUGCUUUGCCCAGAUGUACUUCUUUGUAGCGCUAGGCAUCACCGAAAGCUACCUCCUGGCAGCCAUGUCCUACGACCGCGCCGUGGCUGUGUGCCGGCCGCUGCACUACGGUUCGGUCAUGACGCCCUGGCGCUGCCUUGCAUUGGUGGCUGCGUCCUGGGCUGUGGCCCAUCUCCACUCCCUGCUGCACACACUGCUCAUCUCUGCGCUCUCCUACCCCCGCUCCGCCCCAGUGCGCCACUUCUUUUGCGACAUGACAGUGAUGCUGAGCUUAGCGACCUCAGACAUGUCAGCUGCUGAGACUGCCAUCUUCUCAGAGGGCCUGGCAGUGGUCCUGACUCCACUGCUCUUAGUGUCCCUCUCCUAUGCCCGCAUCCUUGUGGCAGUUCUCGGAGUGCGGACCACAGGAGGUCGGCGCCGAGACUUCUCCACCUGCGGGGCACACCUAGUGGUGGUAUCGCUUUUCUUUGGCUCAGUCCUCUCUGUCUACUUCCGGCCAUCAUCUGCUUACUCAGCUCGCUAUGACCGCCUGGCCAGUGUGGUCUAUGCAGUGAUCACGCCGACCUUGAACCCUUUUAUCUACAGUCUUCGUAACAAAGAGGUCAAGGGUGCCCUAAAAAGGGGGUUCAGAUGGAGAGCUGCACCCCAAGAUGAGUAAGGGAAGGUCUGGGUUAAUUGUCAUGUCAAAAAUAGUACUAAUCCCAAAUCAAUACGGUCUCAUUCCCUCUCUCUCCAAAAUCAAUAUAUCCUCAU